GGACGUCAUUGGUUCACCCUGGCGUCUAUCACAUGGUUUGCAUGACGGCUUUGUAUCCGACAAGGGACUUCAAACCGUGAUUUGCGACACCUACCUGCCCCUGCGGAAGCAUAUCUCCGCUCUACAAAACGGGGAAUAGCCAAUCGUUUUCAGACACGUCGAUUUUGUUCGGAAACGCUUAUACGCUGCGCCGCCUUUUGGGCUUCUCGAACAAUGAAGGAUUCCUCCCCCGAUGUAGCAUUUGAUUCACACCAGACUACUGACAUAAUUGUACCUUCAGAGCCUCAGGAUGCGAUACUAAGCCCGAACGACGGUUCUACUGCAGAAGAUGGCGAUGCCGUCUCGGAGGUGAUACCUGAGUUGUCCAGCUUGGGUCCAGAAUCACUCUCAGAAUCCCUGAUUUUGCCGCUUGACACUACCACUAUGGAGAACGAGCUGGCUGGGUUCAUUGAAGGAAGUAGUAGUAACUUCACUGACCCUAGCGAUGAUGAAUUUCAUCUACUGGUGAAAACACUCAGGUGUUACGAAGUCACCAUAUCUGCCUUCACUGAGACCGGCCAAGUGGAAUCGUCCAUCAAGGUUCCAUUGCAACGGUCCUAUACCGGUCUUGAGCCUGUUAUCCCAUCUUCUCUCGCCGACACUCCCUGUACUACCCUGGGCAUGCAGGUCCUCUUGGAUCUACUCAAUGCCACAUUCAGAACAUCACGUACCCUGGACACCCCAUCCCUCGCCUCCCUUCUCGAAGACUGUAUCACAAACAACUACGACUUUGGCACUGCUUAUGGCCGUCUCCGCCCAGUAUGGAAGACCUAUAAGCCCAGGAACAUCCGAGAUGAACUAUGCAGGCAUGAAGAGGAGGACCAGGAGCAGCGACGAGAAGCACUGAAAGGAAACCAGAUUGUUGACCCGGAGUUGCCAUCUCGACGUGUCUGGGACCUGUACAGCAAUCGCAUGGUGCCAUACUGGAUCACCGACAGAUGGCCAAAACCGAUAUCACAUGCCUGGAUGGAUGAGAAGGAUCGCGUUGAUGUGUGGACCCCUAUCAACAGGAACGAAUGGCCCGUGCCCAUCCCAAAGGAUGUGGACCUCAACUUGAUCCGGAUCGAGAUGCUAAAUCUAGGAUUGGAGUAUAUGUGGCUGGAUGUGCUUUGUUUGAGACAGAAGGGUGGGCCAAGGGAGGAUCUGCGCAAGGAGGAAUGGAAGCUGGAUGUGCCCAUAAUUGGAUACAUGUAUGAUGAGGCUGAUCCAGUGGUGAUCUACCUGAGUGGGUUGGGGAGGCCUUUGAGUUUGAUGGAGGGUGACUUGGAUGAUGAUAGGAAUUGGUUUAGGCAUGCAUGGACACUGCAGGAGGUUGGAGAUGAGAGGAUCAUUGCUGGAGAUACACCUGAUGGACCAAUGCAUGCCAAGCCAAUAGAUGAUAAUGGAAACUAUGAGACAGGGAUACUGACAAGGUUUCAUAAUGAGUUAAAGUUUUCACUCCUGUUUGGAGAUUCUUUUAGUGCACUGGCAGACAUGCAGAAGCGAGUGUCAACCAAUCCUGUGGACAAAGUUGCGGGACUGGCAUUCUCUCUGGGGCCCAACACAAUACCAGCAUACCAUGAGAGUGAGUCCCUUGAGGAUGCAUGGACAGCACUGGUGAAUGCAAUGCACCCUUGGAUGAAAGUGUACUUCCUCUUUUUGUAUCCUGAAGCAGGACAAGGAUGCAAGAAAUGGAGACCAACAUGGGACCAGAUUAUGAUGGACCCUCUAUCAGUGGAUUUUGACCUGUGGCUUGGGCAUGUUAGGCAUGAUGAUGAGAAGGAUGAGGACUGGUAUGAAGGGCAUUCCAUUGAAAAGGGGCUUGUGCAGGGAUUGGAUGCAGGAUCAGCAGAGGAGGGUGAUCGGUGUGGAGAGUUAGUUGUUGAAGAUGCAGAUGGAAUGGCACACCAAUUCAAAAUCAUUGCCACCCACAAGCACCCAAUACUGAAAAACAUGUACACACUGCUUGGUAACACCAAACGUCAGAAGCCUACACAAUAUUGGGCUGUGGGGCACCACCUGCCAGAGGAGAGAUUCAAGAAAGUGUCAGUGGUCAAAAUGGACUUAAUGGAAGCAGAGAGAUUGUAUAACCUAGGUAUCACUGUGGAGUGUCAUAACAUUCUUGUUUGAUAUAAAAAUUGCAAAAAUAUCUGAUCAUUUUUGAGAAAAACUGAUGCUAGCCUUAGUGUUGCCAUGGUGAUAUGCCUGCCUGGCAUACACACCUGAAAACACAUGUAAAAUUCAAUUUUAUUACAAUGCAAGCUAUACUGUCAUGGUCUCAGUAAGAAAGAAUGAAUAAGAUAGCAAGAAAGCAACAUUGGAGACAACCCACAGUAUUUAUUGGGACUUAGUUGGGAAUGUCUACAGCUCAGCCAACAACCUGGUGACCCAAUGACUCAGCCUGAGUGACUGAAGGUCCAGGCAGGUUGACACACAUGGCUCCAGCCAAAACAGCAUUCUGGCAAUGAUAGCCCCUUGAUGGCACCAGUCCACAAGUAAG